AUGUCGACAAAGAUGAUAGAAGCGUGUUCUAAGUCGGAUCAUAAUCAACGGAUGGGACGGGGAGGAUAUACGGCUUUAAGAGAGAAACGGGUGGAACAUGAAAAACAAAUUAAAGAUGCAGAGGUGAAACUUGAUCCUGGGAUGGAUGCCAUGUCACUAGCCUUUGGCAAGGAUAAUGGUGGAUUCUUAAAAGGGGUUGGCACAUGUGUGACUACUAGUAGAUAUUUCAAUAUUCCUAUAACCAAAGGAUCUUCAAAAGAACAAAUUGUGGACCUAAAGUUUGAACUACAGAAUGAGAGACUAGAGCUUCAGAAAAAAGAUGAAGAACUUAAAUCGUUCUCGACAAAGGUGAAAGAACAAGAUAAAACACUAGAGAUAGUUUUAGCUCAUCUUGAAUCACAAGGAAAAAUGAUACCAAAUCUAACAUCUCAUCCAAAUCAGUCUCCAACACAAGUAUUUUCAGUGGACAAGAAUGUUCAAUCUCAUGUCACUCCUAUUACUAAUACUAUCACAGAGAAAGCACAUAUCACAGAUAAAGCAUUGACAAAUGAACCAGUUACACGAGUAAUGACAAAAACCAAGAAAAUAAUUGUUGAAUCUAAGAGUGUGACUACAAAUUCACAUCCAAAAACAAAAGAUACUCAUUCACCAAAACUCUCAUAG